CGUCUCAAGAUAGUAAGGCUAUUCCGAAUCCAGAUGCUAUAGUCGUCAGAGAGAAACACAAAAUAAAAUAAAUUUUAUACUGCAGGGGCAGCUAUUCGCAAAUGUCACUAUGACGCAAGUCUGUGUCAAGCAGGGAGUAGCACAAUGGUACAAUGGCACUGUGCUACUCCCUGCUACAAAGCCUGAGAUGUUACGCGUUAACAGGAACUGGUGUUGAUGAUAAAGGCAGUGUGGAAUUAUGUACAAUGUUACUGGUGCAAGUGACCAUGCCGUGGAAGACCGUGCCGUGUAAGUCGUGUAUGCAGGUAAUCAGACCAAGCGUAAAAGGAUAAAGAUAGCCUGCUUACGUACUAUUCCUAGUACGUGUGCUUAUUAUAGAUACUUUGUGUGACUACUAGUUGUAUGUGUCUGCAUAUUACUAUACGUAUUAGUACGUAAUUGCUUUUACUACAAUUUGUACUUUGUGGGGAGCUGCGUGACGAUGAACUAUAGUAUAUAUCAGGGAGUAGUACAAUACCGGUAUUGUACUACUUCCUGAUAUAUAUGGCCACCAAGAGCAUACGCAAUCAGAAUCGUACAAUACCAUUACUCCUUGAUUAUAACCAAUGUUACUUUUAUGGCACCAAUGUUACUUUCAUGGCACCGUGGAAUCAUGUCAAACACAAAAGGAUACAGACGAAUAGUUGUAUGUAUGCGCACGUGCGCGUGCGUGUGUGGUGUACAAGUACACGAGGGUGUGUGUAGGUGUGUGGGUGUAUAUUUGCCAGUGACAAAAGGUUUUGGUGCCACAACAUCACCAUAGUCAUUCUUGUUUUCCAGAACCUGUCCAAGAAGUUUGUCUGUGCAAUGGAGACAACAAAUGUUUUAGUUUUUCCUAGUGACGAGGAGGAAUCAGACGAGGUAUGCCAAGUAGCCAUUGUACCUCAGCCGGAUACCUUCAGUGUGUCCAGUAUUUUGACAUGGGCAGCAGAUCUGUGCAAGGACUCGGACAUGCAACGCUACUGCCAACAUGAGGUGGCAGUAGCUCAGCAACUCUGGUCACUGGACAAGCACCCUGCAAACGUGGAGCUGUUCAUAGUUCACUUUCGGCAGGCAAUAAUAAAUUGUGAGCAGCAGCAGACGUUGUUUUUCAAGAACAAGGCCUUAGGAAAAUUAAGGAGAGGAGAGUGCACGAAUGUCUCAAAUGUGUGGACUGAUUUACUUCGCAAUUCGUCAACCAUUUUCCAAGAGCUAGACACCAGUUCUGCAAGUACAGGUGUCAGAGUGUCCGGUGCACUAUUUGCCCUUCUUCUUGAUUUCACUAUGAAUAGGAAGCCUGCGUCAGCAGCCACAGCUCCGAGCAACCCUAUGCACAUGGAGGUUGCUCGCCGCACCAUGGAUCAAGCGGCUAACUCGGUUGUGAAGACUGCAUAA